AUGGCCGACUCAGCCGGAUCUAAGCUGAACUAUGACCGCGUCAUUUCCCUUGCAGCCUGCGUGUUGGUUAAUGGUAUCGCCUUCGGCGAACCAUUCCAAACCAGCCUGAAGGGCAAUGACGCGUCCAAGUUUCCUACUGUCCGCUUCCUCCCCUCGUAUAGCGAGCCCGGCCUCCGUUCCAACAUUGGCAUCUCCUUCACAGCCAGCCGUCAUCACGAUUCCGCGGACACGGCCGUGGCUGACAAGACCAAUCCACUCGGACACGCGCACCAUGCAAUCUUCGUCGACUGCCAUGGCCGAACUAUUCGUGACGUUACCAUCACCAAAGCCUCUGUCGAAGGUCUUCCAGCCGCUUUUAACUGUACCGACUUCGACCCAGUCGGAAAAGCUUUCCUCACCUUCAAGAGCGACGCGCCGUUGACAAAGGGUCUGGCCGUCCCCCAGCUUCAUACCGACGCCUUGACCUCGACUAUGCGGGCUAUCGCCACCGAGAUCGACUCCACCAUUACAGCUAAGGCUCCCCUGGCCUUCUUCUGUAUCAUCAGCCCACACCGGUACGGCUCCCGUUUCAUCAGCUCGCUGACUACCAAGAUCGCCGCCGACAUCGACGAGGACCCGCUCUACCCCUGGUCAAAGAACUCCCCCGCUCAUCAUCAACUGGAGCUGAACAAUAUUCACCCAGUCCACGACCGCCCACCAUUCUCUAUGGAGAAUUUCAUCGUGGCUCCCCGUUCCCAAUAUGCCGACAGACUGGACAUGCAGGUCCCAAUCGUGUACGGUGAAGUCGGCGAGCACGAAUAUGAAAUGGGCAUUCGGGAGGAAUGGACCGAGGCCCUCUUUGCAACGGUGUUCGCGCCUAUCCCGGGCUCAGCUUUCGCAGCCAAUGCCAAUGACAACGCGCUCCCCAAGCUCAUCCUCGCCUACAUCUCUCUGCUAGGCAAGGACAUCCCCAAACCGCAGCCCGGCGAUCGCUUCAGCGUUUAUAUGCCGUUCCCCAUCCCCGAUUGUCCCGAAUACGACGGCCCAGACCGUAAGAAAUCCCGAUCUAUCGAUGACAACGACUACGACUACGCGGAUUUCGACCCCGAAGACAUGGAUACCGCCGCGGGCGACGGCGAGGAGAUCAUCGCACCAGACGCUGCAGCCGGCACCGCCAUCAAGCUCCUGCAUGCCCAAGAUGCCGACCUGCUGCGCGAAGACCGACUGCUCCACACCUGGGUCGGCACCGUGGUUCAAGUCAUGCCUGACACCCCAGCCGGCGUUCUCAUCUUGAUAUGCGAGAGACCUACCGAUGUUAGAUGGAUGGGGAAGAAGGACCCCCCUCGUGUAGCCACCAUCAUCCCCUUUAUGCCACAUAAGUUUCGCAACGCCGAGCGCCUGGGGCUCGAAAUCCAACAACAACUGGAUACACACCCACAUGAACUGAAGAUCGCUCCCUUGUUUAGCGACAAGACUUUCAAGGACAUCAUCCGGACGACCAGCAUUUUCUUCAAGCUAAUGGACCGUCCUAGCAACUCAACUCAAAUCAAUGUCCACUUGGCCCAUUACCUCCUCUCCUUCAACAAGAAUCUCGCGUAUCCGGUACUUGAUUUCUUUCACCCGGAUAUUGCUGGUAACAAUUGGGCGAGAUAUACCGAUGAUCUUUCACCUUACCAGAAGGAGGUGUUUGACGAGGCCCUUCAACGUAUCGAGCACGGCAUGUUGUUUAUUGAGGGCUGCGUCGGCUCGUCAAAAUCCACCUUGGCUGCUAUCCUUUCCACAAUCCUGGUCGCUAGUGGCCGACACUCAGCCCCAAUCCUUAUGGUCCAGGAGACAAAUGUGGGCGUCGAUCAUCAGGCAUUACAACUGGCAGCUCGCUUUAACCGAUAUGGACUUGGGAAGAAACUUAUCAUUCGUGUUGGUUCCUUGCCCGAAGAAACUCAACGUUUUAUCAGCCGGGUUCAUCCUACCGAGUUUAAGGAACGUUUCCGCUCCGAUACCAACGACGUCGACCUUGCCGAGUUUGCGGCACUCGGUCUGCUCAAUGACUACGGACAGGCCUAUAGCGACGACCGGCAGCAAGGAGAUAAGCGUUUUAAGGAGGAGUGCGCAAAUUUAACGCUGCACGAAGCAAUGUGGAAACGACUCCACGAAUAUAUGGACUGCAACAAAAACUACUUCUCAUUGCUAGCUGCGCUCAAUACCCAGGCCGAUAGUCCCGAUGACGUCCAAUUCUCUCCCGCUGAGGUUACAGCCCUCCUAACCAGCCUGCGCCGCGAUACUCUGGCGGCAGCCGAUGUAGUGCUUUGCACCACAUCGAUUGCCUUGCGUCCAGCCAUCGCCGACGCUAUUGCCCGACCUACCGCACUGUUCCAAGAUGAGGCCUGCAAGGCCAAGCCAAGCUCUACGUACGGCCUCAUUGGCCUGUACAGACCACAAACCUUUUACGCAUUGAUUGGCGACUCCCGCCAGCUAGGACCCUAUUUUAUCACAGCAGACAAUCCGGAGUUCCCCAACCCUUUCUACCGUGCGGCCACUCUAUCGGUCCUAGCGCGCGCCCGGGAUCACCGGCUCCCAAUCCUUACAUUCUACGAACAGCAUCGCAUGUGGACGCCGUACUUGACCAGCUGGCUCUCGCAUCGUGCCUACCAUGGCAUGAUGCGGGACGGCAACCGCGACCGGGCACCCAUUGCACAAGUCCAAUUUGUCUAUGACUUCCUUGUGACUAGAUUUGGAAUCAAGAAGCGCGAAAACUUCGUUGUGAUUGAAACGAACGGCAGCAGGUCGUUCAAGGAGGAAGGCAGCACAUCACUGCAAAAUCUCCACCAUGUCGCGCUAGUAGUACAGAUCAUGCGGGACUUCAAGAGCUACAUCGACGAUGCAGACACCAGCUUCAACAGAAGCGACUUCUCAGUUGUUCAUCUGACUCCAUACAAGAAACAACAAACGCUGGUCGAAGAAGCUAUUAGAUUCCUCCAUGAUAGUCGCUUUAGAUCACUCACUGUGGUUGGGGCACAAGGAAUUACUGCAGGACUCGUGAUUUUCGAGAUCCCGAAUGAACGGCUCUCGGCCUUUGUUAACGAAUACAAGGCAUUCCUCGUCGCGAUGACCCGACACUCUGCCGGGGUUAUCGUCAUUGUCACAGAAUCCGCCAUCGAUCCGUCUACUUACAGCAUGACAGCCGACAGAAUGUACCGGAACCCUAGAGUCAACAAUAUUUACGCACUCUAUGGAGUAGGCUUAGACCUAGGCAACGUGUUCUACACCGACGUUCCUGAUAUCUCGAAAUGCAACAAAUGUGGUGCCAUAGGUCAUCAACGCGCCGACUGUUCUACGAAUGCCAAAUGUUACAACUGUCUCGAGUUGGGCCAUGGUUAUCGGGACUGCCCAGAUGAGAAGCUGCGAGAUCCGCCCAAGAUGGAUCCAACUCGUCUAGCCUCAAUUAUCUGUCACAACUGCAGCCAAAUGGGACACAUGAAGCCCGAUUGUCCAGGAUGUAAAGUCUGUAAGACAGCUGAGCACGCCUAUGCCGACUGCCCACAAAAGUUCUGCAAGACAUGCCAGACGAGUAGUCAUUGGACUAUCGGUUGUCCUAAGAUUAACAUAUGUUCGCGAUGUGGCACUGCCGGUCAUCAACGCAAGGCAUGUACGGAAACCUUAACCCGCUCACGCCGAGCUGCAUACAAAGUCAUCCAGCACAACAACACGACUUGGAAUGAUGAAAACCCACAGUUCCAACGUGACUUGCAGGCUACCAUGCAUCUAUCGAUCACUUUCAUCAGCCCCAACAGCCUGCAACAUGGUGCGGCCACCUCCGACGAGCAAGAGCGAAUCCAGCUCGCAUAUGCAAUCGCCGAGUCCAAGAUCACCGCCAACCAUAAACGCCGAUUUUCGGAUUCUCGUAUACUCAAGCCGGACCCUCUCACACUUCAAGCAGCAAAUACUAUCACAUCGAGCAGCACUUUCCUGCAGGAGGCUGCCAUUGACGAUGAGCAAGAACGUAUCCAAGUAUUUGCCGCGAUCGAGCUUUCCAAACAAUCGAGACAGCAGCAUUCGUUUACGACUACAGACGGUCUCGAUUCACUGCAUGGAUCCAGCUUCACGGUGGAGGAUGCCCGACGUAUUAUCAAUGAGUACGGCAAGCCUCAGGACGCUACAUCACCUAAUCCGGUAUAUAUCAAGUGGAUGUGUGCAUUAGCAGCAUCGUGGCACCAGGAACUUCUUCAGAACGCGACCGACGAUACGAAGAUCGAUAUCUGGUAUACCCUACCAACCUAUAGCCCCUUCCGCAGUAUGCCUCCAUUGCAUAUUUUAAGAGCCGGGUCCAAAUUCAUUGUACAAGGCAAUCGCAGGGACGGCUCAGUUUGCUAUCUGCUAGCUUACGAAUGGCAGGAUGGAAGCACCCAUCACCUCUCGUGGCUUGACAAGGCUCAGCCAGCCACCCUGCUGCACCCAGAGCACUCCGACGGAUUCACUACGUUGCCCAAUUUCAUCACUGACGUGACUGCACUCGGCGAUUGGAGAGAGGGUUGGUACUCUGACAUUGCCCAAGCAAACAUGGACGUAGGCAUCGACGAAGAAGACUCAGUGCCCGAAUUCGAGAUCACGGUUAAAGACGUGGAGGACACGGACGUGGGCAGCAAUACUGCAGGAGAGCCUGAGCAGCAGGAAGUACAGGAGGAAGUACAGCGGGCCGAUGAAGGCGAUAGUUGGACUGAUACCGGAGAUAUGGGUAAUGGUUGGACAGAUGCGGAACACACCGAUAAUGGUUGGGAGAGCACUGGAGACCAAGGCGGGUGUGGAUGGUAA